GACGUGGCGCGUGAUGAUUUGCUAGAAAAUUCCCACACCACGUCAGAUUCAUCAUCGUGAUUUGCUGACGAUGGAUGAACUGAAUCAGACGGUGUGGAUUUCAUGAUUUCAUGAGGGUCACUCCUGUCGCCAUUGUUGGUGCUCUUACCAUUUUUGAGUUCCGACAACCGACACCGAAUAGGUGGGACCUCUCUGUAAAAUAAUUACUUCUAAAGUCGUCUUCAAACGUUACUCUUAGCAAAGUCUAAGCUAACGCGUGUCUCUCUGUAUCUAUCCACCUUUCUCACACUGUCUUUGAAGCCAAGUAUGAUCUAACCGUUGGCACAUACGUCUUUUAAAAAUAUUUGUUUACUUUUUCCUCUUAAACGUGUAUAAAUAUAAUAUAUACAUACGUGAGGCAAUGAUUAAGGACUUAGAAUCCAAUGGGAUAUGAUCUAAAAAUUGAGAUAUGAGUGAAUUAAUGAUGCAAGAUAAUGUUUUCUAAUAUUGAUUUGUACUGGAAAGUAGAUAGUUUUGUUGUUGGGGGGUCUCUUUCAGGUUGCGGAUUGGUUGCUUUCAUUGAGUUUAUUCGAUGGGCUUCUCUGUAGGAACUCACAAGUCUCUUUCUGUUAUUGUUGUCAGCUUUCUGUUCUGCAUUACUCUUUUUGCUUUUCACUUAUUAAUGGUGAUGGGUCUUUGAAUAAUCCAAUUGGUGAGGCUCUGGGUGCGCUUUUUUCCUUUCAUCUGGAUUCAAAUGGUUUAUAAUCUGAAAGAAUAAUGUAAACAACUUGCAGAUUUGAGAAUUUGAGAUACUUGAUGUUUGUAAUGAAGGUUGAUCAUAAUUGAUAUUCUUAGAGCUUAAUGAUUGGAAUGAUUCUCCCAUGAAACUCACAAGGUUUUCACAUGUUAUGGACGACUGAGAUUGGACUCCUGGAGUGCCAUAGCAACUAAAUGAAUGAGCCCUAUAUUUCUUUUCAAGUUAUGUACUUGAAUUUGGAGUUUGCUUCUUGUCUUACAGCAAGAUUUACAUUUCCUAAUUAUUUGCAUACUAUCUUUACAUUGAACACGUGUGACAUGGCUUGUAAAACAGGUUCUUGUUGAAAAGCUUUUAUUAAUUAGAAAGCUUCAGUGGUUCAACUGUUCAGUGUUUGGGUUAGAAUAAAUGAGGCUCCAAGUAAUAGUUGCCCUUGCUUGUCUCAUUAGCUUGACUGGGAUUCAACAAAUUCUUUGUGAUAAAGUUUCUGAUGCAUCCAACAUAAACAAGUGGACAUGUACAUGUUCUUCUGCAUAUCAGGGGAACCACAGCUUUGCUAUUGAAACUAACUGUUCUACAUCCUGUGAUUGCAGUCCUGGAUCAAGUGAAGAUAGAUGGACUUGCAUGUGCAGUGCAGAUGGUUUACCUGAAGUGGCAGCUGGCAAUCUCAGCACAAACUGUUUUACAUCUUGCAAUUGCACUUUUGGAUCGAUUGGUCAUGUUGAUUCAUCAAAGAAGUGGAUAUCCAGCAAAGCUGUUGUGAUUGUUUUGUUAAUAUGUGUUCUUCUCACAACUCUGGCAUUUACUGCUUCUGUGGCAUGCUAUGUCUAUCGAAGGGACAAAUGUCCUGUACAAGGCCCUCUAUUCUCAUCAGAUAAAGAUACAAGUUUCAGCAGUGCUACAAACCUAAUAAGCCACGGGGCUUCUUCAGUUCCUGAGUCGAGAGUUUAUAUAGGUUCCAUUAACCCUUUCACAGGGUGCAUUCACAAGGCUUCAUUAUUAUUCAGAAGCAAAAGAGAAACAAUACACGGAACAAUUGUACGAUUUUCCUAUCCUGAGUUGGAGGAUGCAACCGAUAAGUUUUCAAAUUCUAAUUUGAUAGGUGGUGGGGGCAGCAGUCAUGUUUACCGUGGUCUUCUCAGAGAUGGUAGAACUGUGGCAGUUAAGCGACUGAAAAUUCAGGGAGGAGCAGAUUCUGAAGCUAUUUUUUUGACGGAGAUUGAAUUGAUAUCAAGACUCCAUCAUUGUCAUGUUGUGCCUUUGCUGGGUUACUGCUCAGAAAACCAAGGAAAACAUGCUGAGAGGCUGCUAGUAUUCGAGUAUAUGCUCAAUGGUAAUCUGAGAGAGUGUUUGGAUGGGGCAUCAGGGAAAUGCCUGGAUUGGGGUACUCGCAUUGCAAUUGCACUUGGAGCUGCCAAGGGCUUGGAAUAUCUCCAUGAAGCAGCGGCACCAAAAAUCUUGCAUAGAGAUGUCAAAUCCACAAAUGUCCUCUUGGACGAGAACUGGAGAGCAAAGAUUACUGAUCUCGGUAUGGCGAAGCAUUUAAGGACUGAUGACCUUCCCAGCUAUCCCAGUUCUCCAGCUAGAAUGCAGGGGACUUUUGGAUAUUUUGCACCAGAGUAUGCAAUAGUUGGAAGAGCUUCUCUUAAGUCAGAUGUUUUUAGUUUUGGGGUAGUUCUUCUUGAGCUGAUUAGUGGUCGGCAACCCAUUCAUAAAACGGCCAACAAAGGCGAAGAGAGCCUUGUCAUUUGGGCCACCCCUCGUUUAUUGGAAAGUAGGCGAGUGAUUAUGGAGCUGCCUGACCCACAAUUAAAAGGGAAUUUUCCGGAAGAAGAGAUGCAGAUAAUGGCUUACUUAGCGAAGGAGUGUUUGUUGUUGGAUCCCGAUUCACGACCAUCUAUGAGUGAGGUUGUGCAAAUACUUUCAACUAUUGCUCCAGAAAAUUCUAGAAGGCAAAAUUUUACCAUAAAUCUUUUUCAGAGCUCUACUCAUUGCAUUAAAGGUGAUGUAGACAUUGAGAGGGCUGACAAACAUGUUGAGAGUCCUGUCGAAGAUGAGGAGCUCAAGCAAAUCGUAUCCGGUACAUGUUCUGCUCGAUGUUCAUUACCAUUAAAUAUAGACCGGACACUCUGUGCUGACAAGAACGGGAAAGAAGUAGAUACUGUUUCUGCUGAGCCUAUUGAUAGAAUGAUCCUCCUUACUUCAAAGGCUAGAAGUUGGCAUUCCCAAGAUGAUGAAGCAGUGGACUUAACCGAGCCCAGGUUUGAAUCGUUCUGCAUGGAAAACAUUAGGGCCCCCUGUAUUAUUUCAACUGCCCAAUGAGUAAAGAUGAUACUGCAGAACUGGCAACAUUGAGUCUGGUGGUACGCAUUUACUUAUGUUAAUUUCUCUGUUGUAACUUGUUCAUGGAGGAAAAAUGGAAAGGAACUGGCAACAGCGAAUUCCGGUAACAUGUUCUGGUGGAAAACGUGAUUCCAGUUACCUUCUCAGUUGUAAGUUGUUCAUAGAGAAAAAUGAGAACAAAAAUACAAAUUCUAAUUGUCUGUCUUUAUAGUUACUGUUUCUAUCAUAGAAUAUGUUGAUUUGAUUUUUUAAUUUGUUGAUACAAAAAAUACAUAGAAAAUUCAAAUUAUUUUGUAUUUAUUAUGAUGAUAGUUUAGCUUCUUAUUUGAUUUACUUUUUAUGGGACUUCUAUUUUUGGUGGUUUUAUCUAGCCUUUGUAAGAAUUGGAAUUUGAGGUUGGAAUGCAUAAAGUUGUACCUAAAUUGAAAAAAUUGUCAACAUCUGAGGUUGGAGUAUACAAAAUGUUAAAAAAAAAAGAAAAAAAGAAGGAAAGAUUUCCCAUUCCUUUCAUUUGAAAACUAUAGUUUAUGACCCUGAAAAUAGGCCUCACGGUCCAGUGAAGGUUAAUAAUGGUAAGACUCUACAGGUUUAGCAUGGUUGGGGGAAAAAUAGUUGAACUUUAGUAGUAUGGAACUAGUAAUUAUUGCAGGUUUUUCUUAUUUUUAUUUUAAAGAUCUACCUCACAUUUGACAAAAAAACAUUGCCAAUUACCAGACAACUAGUUGACUAGUAGGUGUGCUCAACAAACUAUGCUGCUUCCAAUUCAUACAAUAUGUCAUAGGAUAGAUCCUCGAACUAUGGAAAUGUUAAAACUAUUGAAAUGUUAGCCUUAAAUGCCACAUCACGAGUUUCUAAUCUCAUCUGAGAGUUGACUCAAUCCAGUAGCAUCAAGCCUACUAGUUUUACAGUUUUUGGUGACACUAGUCACAACAGGCAUUUCAGAUCUCAGUUAUGAGAUCAAGUUGUUUCAUUCACAAUCUUUAAGAGGGAAAUAUGGAAGGCGAAGCUGCAUCAUUCAGCAGUAAGAUUCUAACCCGAGCAUUGCGUUGAGUAAUAUGGAAAGGAGAAGCUGUAUUGUGCAACAGUCAAAUUUGAUCCCGAGCAUCACGCAUCACACCAAUGUGUUAGUUGGGGACAACUUUCUCAAAUUUGCAUUGAAUGGUAGGUAGAUGGAGGAGUGACUUGAUGACAGAUUGGUGAACUAUAUAUAUAUAAAUGCAUAUAAACCAAAAUAUUGUUUCUCUCUGUAUUGGGAACCCUAUAGUGGUAGUUUUGAAUCCUUCAAGCAUCUGUCAUGGAUCCACCUCCACCCCCAGAAGCACCACUGCUGGCACCGGUUCCACCACCACCCCCUGGCGGAGGAUUUAUGGAUUCAUGCUUGUCGUUUCUGUGCUGCUGCGGUCUAUUCGCAAGCUGCUGCCCUCCACUGUUUGAGCCAGGGCCUCCACCUCCAUAGAGAGAGAGAGGGAUACAUUGCUGUAAUUUACAUAUAUUUUUUAAGAGUAUGUUUGUGAGGAACAUAGAUAGAUAAGGACUCAAUGUUGAUUUUACUUUCAUUUUUUUUUUUGCUGUAUGUCCCUUGUAGUUUGUGUUUGUUCACACAUUUGAAGCUGUUCUGAAAUACCUUGGUUGCUCUUUUUUUUUCAAAAAAUAUUUCAUUGCUAUGGUGUGAGACUCUGUAUUUGGUUUUGUUUUUACAGUGAGUUUUUUAACCAAUA